UAUUAAAACCCGCUCACUCGGGCAUCGGAAGACCGGCCGGUCUGGUGCUGUCUCAGGAGCCGUGGUGCUGAAAGCGCAGAGCUGUCAUGUGGUCACUUCUUUUCCUAUUCCUGUCUUACUUAGACGGAGACUUUGUUAAAGGUGAACUUUCCGCUUUAGAUGCGGAAAAAGAUAGCUCCGUUUCAUACUUUGUGCUCAAUAUGACCUCGUGUGCGGACACUUCGGCGUGCCGUGUGGGGUUGAGCCCUCAGACAGCAGACGAUGGAAUAUCAAAGACUGAAGGACACGAGACUGAAGAGGCUGCAAGAGACAUACACACUUUGCGGAGAUCCAAACGGGGCUUCACUUAUCCCGGGACUCUGUGGUGCGGAGCAGGAAACAUCGCCGAUAACUACGAUCAACUAGGAGAGUUUGCUGAGACGGACAAAUGCUGCCGUACGCAUGACCAUUGUCCCCAUGUCAUUCAUGCAUUUUCGUCUAAGUAUGGCUUCACCAACUUUAAGUGGCAUUCCAUUUCACACUGUGACUGUGACAAUGCAAUGAAGCAGUGUCUGAGGGAUGUCAAUGACACUUCAUCGCGGGUGGUCGGCCAGGCUUUCUUUAACGUGAUUGAAGUUCCCUGUUUUGAAUUCUCUCUUGAGGAGCAAUGUGUUGAGCGGCACUGGUAUGGAGUGUGUAAGAGAUAUGACAAAGUGCCUGUUGCUGUGAUUAGAGAGUCAAUUCCAUAUGAUUUUGGGGGCAUUGAAGUUAUUGAUGUGUUGACCCUCGCUCCUCCUAAGAAAAAAUUAUCAGAGAUAGAUGAAGGCAAGCAAGAAGAAACUCAAAGGUCAGAAAGCACAACACAGUCAAGUGCAUCAGGAUCCAAAAACCCUGCACUAGAAGAGCCUUCACUUACAAAUGUUGUCACAGCAGCUGAGGACUUCAUUAAAGUACUUGCUACAGUUUCCACUUCACAAAGCUCUUCUACUGAUGGUGGAAACACAGGUGAAGCACAGGCCUCAGAGAAGAAGAGGAAGAAGAAUGCAGGGAAAAAGAAGAAAGAUCAGAAGAAGAGAAGAGGAAAGGGGAAAGGGAAAAAGAGAAAGCAGAACACAGGCAGACUUCCAGAAGUCAAUGGCAGUGUCACUGUGGCUCCGUCUGCCAAGGAGGAUAUCAUGAACAAAAAAACAUAUGUGGGAGACUCUGGGAAUUUUGACUGGGUCAGCAAGAAUGACAACUUCAUGAACAUCCAGUUCAGUUCUGUGGGAGACAUUGAGCACAGCAAUAAGAUGAUGAGGGAUGAGCAUCAGAGGACACCUGACGAGAGUCAGGUUGCCACCACCACUGCACCAGAUGCAAAGCAAGAGGCCAAAAUGUUAGAACCACAAAAGCAAAUCAAGGAUAUGGAAUUAGUGCAACUCUUCCCCACCGUGCCAGUGACUGUCACCAGCAAAUCUACAACUGAUGUACCAAGACAAAGAGUGGCAAAAAAGAGGCAGAGACAUCCAACUCCAACAUUCCUCCCUGUAAAAGUCGCCUUACACAAUACGAUGGCAGAUAACACAGCAGUGAGUACAAAUGAAAGCACCAGCAUAGCAGGUCUGACAACACACACUCCCAUCAGUCUACCAGGGGAAAAGGCACCGCACAACGUUGAGUCUCAGCGUGAAAAGGGAUCUGCGUUUAGUGCCACCGCUCAGAAUACACCCAUUGUUGAAGCCAAAAGGGUGAGGUCGAGGCAUAAAGGGGGGAGGAGGAAAAGUCGGAAGCUGCAUAGACCUUCCUCCCCCACAGAUGCCUUAACAACAGAAGAACCAAAUGUUCUUCCUACUGACACAACUCAGGAACUGACUGUGGUCCCAUUUCCUGAAUCUCAGAAUGCAUCACAGAGGCUGCAGACUGAUGGACCAAACAACAUGGCAGAAAAACCUACAAGAGGUGUGUCUGGUAAAUUUCGAGUUAAAACAUUAAAGGGCACUGGGGUCAGAAAAAGUGCUAGACUUCCCAAGUACAAUUCAUCCGUAACAGAGGAUGUUAUCAAGGCAAGGGAAGAAGCUCUAGUGAUCAUGGUUACCAGUACCUCAAAAGGUUCAGUUGUAACUGAUCUUGCUACUCAGGCAAAGGAUGCUGAGGAAAGCACUGGGCAGAUUUUCUUUUCUAGACUACAGACUAUCAUUCCAUCUGUACCACCUCUUCAAACCAGAAAAUCCAAGAGAAGAAGGUCAAAGAAGGAUGACAAGAGCAGAAGAAAAAACAAAGGCAGAAAAACCUGGGUUUAACUACCUGAAACAAAAUCAGAGGAAUGGUGUCUUAGUAGUUAGUCUGGUUCAUGAUGACCAGAACUGUUAAUAAAAUAAGAAAGACAUGAUUUAAAGCAUACUGUUUUUGUUUUUUUUUACUACUCAGUGAUGAAAGACAGCACAGUUGCCUAUAUCAGCACUGUCAUUAAAUAAAGCAAC